GUUUUUUAUUUUUAUAUUUUAUUGUUAUUUAUUUUUAUAUUUUUUUUUAUAUUUUAAUUUAAUUAAAUUUUAAUUAAGUUUGAAUUAUUAAUAUUUAAAGAAUGGUAAGAACAAAAGCAGAUCGUGUUCCUACAAAAGCUGUUGGUAGCAAAGCACCACAUAAAUCUGUAAAAAGUACAUCAAUUAAAAAAACAAAUGGUAAAGGAAAAAGUUAUUCAAGUGGUAAUCCAUAUCAUCCAAGAGAAACUCCAGAAUGGCAAAAACCUAUUACAUGUUUCCUCAAUCAAAAUUUUUUGAAAGAAUCUACUGAUGUUUCAGAAAUUCAGGAUGGUGGUGAAGGGACUAGUAAAGAAGUAGAAAAUGAAACGGAUUAAAAAUAUACAAUAAUGUUAUUAACCAAUUAUAAUAUCAUAUUAUUAUUUUUAAUCAUUAAAAAAGAUUAUUUAUCUUUAUUUUAUUUAUUUC